UGACCCGGAACCGGAAACUGACCUGCUGCAGAAGACCCGUACGUUCGACCUCUUUAAAACUUCCAACAUGGCGGAUAGCGCUGGGAAAAGGCUUCCGCAAGUGCCGGAGAGCUUGCUGAAGAAAAGGAAGCAAAAUGCCGAAAUGAGGGCGAAGAGGGCCAAGGCAACCCUGUUGGCUAAGAAGAAGCACAGGGCAAACAGGAGAGAAAUCUUCAAGAGGGCUGAGAAAUACGUAAAAGAAUAUCGCAUCAAGGAGCGUGACGACAUUCGCCUGGCUCGUCAAGCCAGGAAGGCUGGAAAUUUUUAUGUACCAGCAGAGCCAAAACUGGCUUUUGUCAUGAGAAUCAGAGGUAUCAAUGGCGUUCACCCUCGUCCUCGUAAGAUCAUGCAGCUGUUCAGACUGCGCCAGAUCAACAAUGGUGUCUUCGUACGCCUCAACAAGGCAACAGUGAACAUGUUGAGGAUAGCGGAACCAUACCUUGCAUGGGGCUACCCCAACUUGAAGAGUGUGCGUGAGCUAAUCUACAAGCGUGGUUACGGCAAGGUGAACAGCAAGCGCAUUCCCCUCACAGACAAUGAGAUCAUUGAGAAGCAAUUGGGUCAAUACGGCAUUAUCUGUAUGGAAGAUCUUAUCCACGAGAUCAUGACAGUGGGCCCCAACUUCAAGCAAGCCUCUAAUUUCCUCUGGCCCUUCAAGCUCAACACACCCAACGGCGGCUGGCGCAAGAAGGCCAACCACUUCGUAGAUGGUGGUGAUUACGGAGACAGGGACGUCAAGAUUAAUAAUCUUUUGAGAAAAAUGGUUUAAUAAGUUAAAGAACUGUGCCUCUGAUGUCCGCGAAACUUGUCGGAGAAAUAAAUUGAAGUGAAAGUCAACUGUGGAAGGAGGUCGAGAAGUGGAUUGCUUGGAAAGUGUCUGCUUUUCAUUGCAGUUGAAUUGCCAUCAUUGUUUACAGAAAUUAU